UGUUUCAAUUUUCUGUUUAACGUUUUCAAAAAUGAAGUGAAUGUGACUAAAAUAGAACUUAUGAUAGUAUUAAUAUGUAUUGAAAGUCUGAAAAUAAUUAUUAAGUUGUUAUAAAAAUAGAAGUGAGUGAAAAAAAAGUGAAUGAAAUUGACUAAUAUUUUAUUGUAUUAUUGCAAGAUUAUUGAUAUAUUAUAUACUUUUGAAAGAAAUUUAAGAUUUUUCUAAUAUUCAAUGUAUAUUAUGAAAGUUUCAAGGUUAGAAUGACCAACAAAUUUCGUGAAGAAGGAGAACUAUAUACAAUACUAAAAGUAUUUUUGUAACAUACUUAAUAUAAAAAAUUUAUAAAAUAGAUAUUCGAGAAAAUGGAAACUAUUAAAUUAAAUGAAAAUCCAGUACAAAUAUCACAAUUUUUAACGCGUGUUUAUUAUGCUGCUAAAGAUGGUAUGGCUAUUAUUCUUUAUAAUCUUCUUAGUAGCCAAGAUCCUAACAUGGUUAAUAUUAUUAUUAAUCAAAAAGUAUUGGAAGAUGAUGGACAGCAUUGUACACCUUUAAUAGUAGCUGCACGUUAUGGUCGUAUUAAAGUAGUUAAAAUAUUACUUGAUAAAUUUAAGCCUGACUUGGAGCAGGAAGGAUCAGUUAAAUUUGAUGGAUAUAUUAUUGAAAGAGCAACUGCUUUAUGGUGCGCUGCUGGUGCAGGACAUUUGACAAUUGUGAAGAUAUUAGUAAAAGCUGGUGCCAAUGUUAAUCAUCCUACUAAAAGUUUAUCUACUCCAUUGAGAGCAGCUUGUUUUGAUGGACGAUUAGAUAUAGUCAAAUAUUUAAUAGAGCAUAAUGCAGAUAUAAAUAUUUUAAAUCAAUUUAAUAAUACAUGUCUAAUGAUUGCUUCAUAUAAGGGUCACUUAGAUAUAGUGACAUUUCUUUUGCAAAAAGGUGCAAAUCCAAAUGAAAAAGCAAAUUGUGAUACUACUGCAUUACAUUUAGCAGCUGAACGUGGAUAUACUAAUAUAGUAUCCGUAUUAUUAAAAUAUGGAACAAAUAUGACAAAAGAUACUAAUGGAAUGACACCAUUGACAGUAGCAGCUGAACGGACUAGAGCUGAAGUUGUAGAAUAUAUAAUAAAAAAUGUGAAACUUACUAAAGAAGAAACAAUUGAAGCUUAUGAACUUCUUGGCGCAUCUUAUGCUAAUGAUGAACGCAAUUAUUGUUUAAUAUUAGCAUAUAAAUAUUUAUGGAAAGCAAUGAAAUAUAGAUUUAAAGAUCGACGAAAUAUUAUUUAUAAAAAAUUAGGUGAAGGUAUAAAAGCAUAUGAUAAUUGGAAAGAAUGUGAGACUCCAGAAAAAUUGAGAAGUAUUAGAAAUAAUCAAUAUUAUAUGCAUAUGGAAUCAUUGACUAUACGAGAAAGGAUAUUAGGACAACAUAAUCCAAAACUACCACAACAUAUUGUAUUUAGAGGAGCAGUUUUUGCAGAUAGUGCUAGAUUUGAUAAAUGUAUAGAUCUCUGGCUUCAUGCAUUAUACUUGAAACAGUUAAAUAAUAUGUCAGUUAUAAAAGAUCUUUUAAGAUUUGCACAGGUAUUUUCACAAAUGAUAGAUAUAGAAGUAUAUCUUGAUCUCUCUCAUGUAUUGAAUGUUCUAGAAGCCUGUGUAACAGAACUUACUCGUAAUAAAGCUAAAGUCAAUAAUCCUGGUUCUGAGGAAGAUAUCGAACAACAUAUUGAGGAGAUUGAAUCAAAUAUUACAACUACAUUGUAUAUAGUAACAAUAUUAACAAAACUUUUAACAUUAAAUGAGAACAAAUAUGAAGAACAAGAUAAAAAUAAGGCAUAUCAUUUAGUUCAUAAACUUUGUGUUCUACGAUUACAUUUAAAAGAUGGUCAAACAUUAUUACAUCUUGCUGUAAAUGCGGCUACUGUUGUAGAUGAUUUUCAUACUAAUUAUGUUUGCAAAUUUCCUUGUGCUGCAACAGCUAAAUUAUUUAUAUCUUGUGGUGCUGAUGUAAAUGCAAUGGAUAAUGAAAGAAAUACACCAUUACAUAUUAUUGUUAGUUAUAGAGAACCUAUUAGCGAUUUUAUGACUCUUCAUUCCAUUAUUAUGGCACUUAUAGAAGCUGGAGCUCAUAUGGACAUAGUAAAUAGCAAUGGAAAAACUCCAUAUGAUGCUGUCACUACAGGUGUAGCAGAAAUAAUAUUAAGGACUCAAACAAAAUUAUCUUUAAAAUGUAUGGCUGCAAAAGCAAUAAAUGCUUAUAAUUUAUCAUAUUGUGGAAAUGUACCACGUUCUUUGGAAAGUUUUAUUAAACUUCAUGGACCUGGCUCUAAUCAAGGUUAAAAGCAAUUAUUAAAUGAAGCAGUAAUAGAUAUGUUACAUAGAUAUUUAUAUUAAAUAUAAUCAAUUAAAAUUAUUUAUUCUUGACGCGUGAGCUUUUUGAGAAUAUAAUGCAACUUUUAAAAUUAUUUAAUAAUUUCUUAUUUGAUUAAUAAGAUUUUUUAUUAACAA